AAUAGGAAAGGGCAAAAUGACGCAGUUUUCUGUUAUCGGCAGUUUCUUCACAGAAAAAACUCCAGUCCGUAGAAAUGACAAUAUCUUCUUCUCUGUUGAUGAAUCAGUUGACUUCUCCACUCUUCAAAUCGCAAAAGCCAGACCUGCUAUUGCUUUCUUCCUCUUCCUCCUCAACAGAGCUCCUCCGCAAACACUGCCUUGUUGCGGGUACCGCCGCCAAGUACAAUAAGAAGUGUGCUUCCGUUCCUUCAAUUGUAUGCAAAGCAGUGUCCGUUAAGCCUCAGACUGAAAUUGAAGGUCUCAACAUUGCCGAAGAUGUCACUCAGCUUAUCGGGAAAACACCUAUGGUCUACCUAAAUAACAUUGCAAAGGGGUCUGUUGCAAACAUUGCUGCGAAGCUUGAGAUCAUGGAACCAUGUUGCAGUGUCAAAGACAGAAUAGGCUAUAGCAUGAUAAUUGAUGCUGAGAAGAGAGGAGUUAUAACACCUGAAAAGAGUAUUCUUGUGGAACCUACAAGUGGAAACACAGGCAUUGGCCUUGCAUUCAUAGCUGCUUCAAGAGGAUAUAGACUUAUCUUAACUAUGCCAGCAUCAAUGAGUUUGGAAAGAAGAGUUCUCUUAAAAGCAUUUGGAGCUGAGCUUGUUUUAACUGAUCCAGCAAAGGGCAUGAAGGGAGCAGUUCAGAAAGCUGAAGAAAUUUUGAAAAGCACACCUAAUGCCUAUAUGCUUCAACAAUUUGAUAAUCCUGCAAAUCCUAAGAUACACUAUGAGACAACUGGACCAGAAAUAUGGGAAGAUACGAGAGGGAAGGUUGAUAUCUUCAUUGCAGGUAUUGGAACUGGUGGAACCAUUUCUGGAGUUGGUCGGUUCCUCAAGGAGAAGAAUCAGAACAUUAAGGUUAUUGGUAUAGAACCUUCAGAAAGCAACAUACUUUCAGGUGGAAAGCCUGGUCCUCACAAGAUUCAAGGGAUUGGGGCUGGUUUUGUGCCCAGGAAUUUGGAUCAAGAUUUAGUUGAUGAAGUCAUAGAGAUAUCCAGUGAUGAAGCUGUUGAAACUGCAAAGCAAGUAGCACUCCAGGAAGGUUUACUGGUUGGCAUAUCUUCUGGAGCAGCUGCUGCUGCUGCAUUGAAGGUUGGAAAGAGACCAGAAAAUGCUGGGAAGCUGAUUGCUGUUGUGUUCCCAAGUUUUGGGGAGAGAUACCUGUCCACAGUUCUGUUCCAGUCGAUUCGAGAAGAAUGUGAGAAAAUGCAGGCUGAGGCAUGAUACUUUUUCCACAUUCAAGUUUGUUUACGGAAAAUAAAUAUUUUGUUCUAAAAAUUGCAUUAAUGCACAAUUAUAACAUUAAUUAUGUCUCUGCGAUAAUCUUCCAUGUGUAUCAUUGGUUGGAUCUGUAUUCUACUUGUUGAACUCCAAUCAAUGGUUUUUAACAUGUCAGCAAUAUUCUUUUUUGCAAGGUCAAUAAUACUGUUGUUCUAUAUAUAGUGUCUUGCAUUGCUCUCAACACCUUAUUGGAUUAGUUUGAUCGGUAUUCUGGAAUUCUUUGCUGUUUGAACACAAACUACUUUAUAUACAAAAUUGAAAUUUAGCA